AUGUCCAGCAAGUACAGUACCUGCGCGUUUUGCCAUCUCGACUUCAAGGGUGUCUACAAGUGUCCGAAAUGCAAAAAGGAUUACUGUAACUUGAAAUGUUACCGAAGCAAAGAGCACAUGGAAUGUUCAAAUGCAUUCUAUCAGGAUCAGAUUGCAAGACAUGUCGGGAAAGAGUUGGUAAGACUUUCAAAAUAUUUCUUGAAGUACAGUAAGACAUUUGGAGGGCUUUCAAUUUUUUAGGAAGAGACAGACAGCGACGAUCAAAGUGUAGAAGGAGAUGAACUCGAUGAGAUGGAUAAGGCUACAACUUCAGAGGAAAAAGUACAGAAACAAAAGGAAGAGGACAAUAAGGCUGAAGCUGACGGGAAACAGAAGGACAAGGCAAAAUCUCAGUAGGUUAAACGCCAGAAUAUUGAUUGCCCUUAUUUUUUCAGCAUGACCUUCUCCGAGUACAUGAGUCACCAUUCGGCUGAAGAUCGGCUGAAGACCGAAGAAGAACUGAACCCGGACAUUGGACUAAGGCCAGGAGAAGAGCUGGUCAUAGAUGAGGACGAUGAUCCGGAAUACAUCCAAGAAGUCGUUGAAUCCAGUAUGAAGGACUUUGAGAAUCUGACGGACGAGGAAUUGGAUCAGAAACUAAAAGAAAUGGGUAUGGAUCCAGAGAAAGAAGACGAAUUGUUUGGAAAAUUGACUGCAGAUGAGCGGAAAAGUUUUCAACGAAUUGCCGAUGAAAUGUUUGGAAUUAAAUCAACAUCUGCCUUUAAUAAAUGA